AUGGAGAUCAGCUAUCUGGACAAGCAAGAGGGAUAUGAAAAUAGUGCUCCCCAAAGAACUGGGAAGCAAGGUCGUGGUUGGAGAGGCAGGCGACCAUCAGGAGCGGUCCAAGGAACAAUCUCUGAGCAGCUCGAUCGAGUUCACUCUCUCUCUUGGGCUCAAUCGAGUCAGUGCCUCGAGUUAAUGGUGUUUCUCCCUAGAAACCUGUUCCUGCAAGAGUUAGCCAAGAAAAUGACAGAGAUAAAAGAGAAAAGCAAUAUGUACAAGAUAGACAUGGGAAUUCCUCCCAAGUGA